UUUGAUUAGUUGGUAGAGAUCUCUUGUUCUAUGUUUGUGUUGAGGGAACAUUGACAAAAUAUUCUAAAUAUAGCAAACAUCAUUUGAAAGAAACCACAAGAAGACAGAUCAAAAAAUGCUCCUCAUUCUAAAGACUGAACAUUUCCCUUUCCCUCUAACCUCUGUGAACUAAAUGAAUUACAGUAAGAAAAGCUGCAAUCAACUGGCUAAAAUAUUGCCAUUUUGACUUGCAAAUCAACAUCUGGGAAGGAUUUCUUUACAGCAAGAAAGCCACGUUUUUCAUUGCGCUUUUCAAAUGUGAAUAAAGCAGAAGAAGCUUUUCCCUGAUAGCAAGAAGGAAAUACAUGUGGGACUCCAGACAGAAAUUCCAUGGGUGUGCAUGUAUGACUUUCGCUGAGCUGUAACACCUCUAACUAACUGGUCCAACAUUUACUUCAUGAGUUGCUGCCAUUUUGACAAGAAGCAAGAUUUUUGCUACUCCACAUUUGCUGGAUGCUCUUGCUGCCUUCUUACCUACUCUGCUGACCGGCAUUCUGAUUAGCAUAUAAUGCCAGGCAACCAAUUUUAAAAGAACCACAAAUCAACAAUAAAAUGAGACACUAAUGGCCGAUGAAAUGAAUUCAGCAGGCUGACAUAACAGAGGGGGGAAUACCGGAGUCCCAAAGCUUCCCAGGUGACUGCCAACGUCUUGCAAAACCAGACUGAAAAUCCUGUGGAUGUUUGGAUUCUGUGCUCUGGAUGUUGAAGCUGUAAGGAGGAUUUGGAUCCAUCUUUGUAUCCAGUUAGUGUGAGCUAAGUGAUCAUUCACUCAGGACCAAGAGACCUGAACUGAUGUUGUAGAACCUUUGUAUACAGACCAGGACAAAUAAAACAACAAUACACUGAGCUCAGUCAAGUGUUUUAGAACAUUUGGUGCAUUAAAUUAAUUUCCUCUUUAUUGCCACCAACUCAAUCCAUCUUUGAGCUUUUUUUUUUAGGAUAGUACGGAGCAACCCAUAAAACGUUUGAAACCUUCUGCUGGCCCUGACACACCCAGGGUAGCUGUUUGUGAAUUAAACAAGCACUGACAGGAUUAUCAGGUGGAUUCUGUCUUCUGUGGUGGUGGCGACCUUAUUCAGCAGGGUGGUUGUGGCAUCAGGAUGCCUGAACUGGACAACUUUGCCCCCCUGAGGGGUCCCAGAGGCCCUGAGCUGGGCCUAAAUGGUCCAGCCGACCCACUUCGGAUUCAGCACAGCAUCCUGGAGGAGCAGGUGGAGCUGUGGUGGUUCAGAGAUCCUGGAAAGUCUCUGCUAUGCUACUGCGUGGCUGUACUUCUAAUCCUGGGCUGUGGGCUGGGUGGCGUCGGCCUACUAUCCACCACCACCAGUGUCUCAAGCGAAUGGCGUCUGGGCGCAGGCACGGCCCUCUGCCUGCUAGCCCUGGGAGUCCUGCUCAAACAACUGCUCAGUUCGGCUGUGCAGGACAUGAACUGCAUUCGAAGCCGACAGCGGAUCAACAUGCUAAAAAGUGGUGGUUUAUCAGACCUCUUUGUGGUUUUGAUUACCGGGCUGUCACUGCUGAUUUGUGGAGGUGUUCUACUACGUCUGGCCCUGGCCAAUCACAUGCCAAAGCCUGGCCAAGCCCUUAAUGACAUGUACAUCUCUGGAGUGGUUUUGCUAGCCGGAGGUGGGGCUGCAGUUGUGGGCGUUGGGAUAUACUCCAUUGUGGUGGUCCUGCUUGAAAGGACAAGGCAUGGACGAAGGUUGGUGGACCGGGUUUUGAAUAUCUUCACUGUGUCUGGACAUAUGGACCGUCAGGGUCGCAGAGAGACUACCUCUAGUCUGGCUAAUCUCAUAUGAGAUGUAACCACACUGCACUGCAUAUUUUGGCCCCUGGAUCUUAAUGUCAGAGCAUUUAACCUCAACUAAAUUACAUCAGGCUUUAUGCCCAAAUAUUAUAAGAAAUCUGAUUAAAAAAAGAUUCAGCUUCAGUCACUAGCUGAUUAGACUAUGUAUGAGUAAAAAUGAAUUGAAUUUGUAAUAUCUGCUUGUUAAAGAUGUUAGCAAUAAGCAAUCAGAUCUAAUUCACAGGUUAAAGGUGAAAGGUUUUAAGAGUAACACAGCGAAGAAGAAUUAUUCCAUGGUUAUGCUCACGAUGAAGCUGAAAAUGUCCCAGUUUUU